AUGGAGACAAGAAGAAUCAUAGCUCUUAUAUUGAUUGCAUUCUCACAGUACAUCUUUCCUACAGCCAUACCCCUAGUGGAUCCAGAUGAAAUAGAAAAAGACAUCAAAGUACUGAAAAGUACCUCAGUUUCCAUAGAGUGGUGCAGCCUUCUCACAAUUCCAAUAGAAGAGGCGCUGUACCAUCUGGAUGAGUACAAAAAAAGAAUUCACAUUGUGCAUACAAUAUUGAACCGGUAUCGAAAUAGACUGGUGCAUGGAAUAUCUGUGUUUAAUGGAGUUGUCUGGCUAAAAACCACAACAGAUAAAUAUCUAGAAAUAUUUGGCGAGAUACAUAGGUAUAUGGUGAGAGAUGCUGGUGUCACUAAGAAGAAGGAGAGGCUAUGUAUAUAUCUGAAGAAACAUUUGGCCAUGCUGACCGGUACAUGCAGUGACUGUACACACCAGGAUUGGAUAGAGGGAUUUAUGGAAGAGCUACUAACAGAUCGCGAUCUACUCUACGAGAAUUACUACUAUAGCUGCAUCUCAAUCCAUUUACUGAAUAGGUUUUCUUUGGAGGAAAGAGAGCUAAUAGACCUAUACAACGAGUGCUGCCAAAGAAUAGUGAAUGUAAAAGCACUCAGACUAGACACAAUACGAGGAUUAGAGUGGCUAUAUCCAGGAAAAAAUAGAGAAGAGCAGUGGGCAUCGCUUUUUAUAGAUAAAGAGCUCUUUGCUCUUUUUUACAUGCUGUAUAGCGAGGCAUCCACUUACAUAUGGGAGUACUUUCCCAUUAAUUUUCAUAAGAUACUUCUUUUCCACAAUGAGCUGUUUGCAAAUGCAGAAAUAUAUAACAAUGUAAUAUGCCGUUCUUACAUCUUUUCUAUGCUGAAGAGUGAGAGUACAGACUCAUUAAAUGCAGAUGCGUAUUCAUCAUACAUUUACAAGGCAAUAUCCAGUUGGAGCGAACCACUCAGCUCAAAGAUAGAUGUGUUAGAAGAGAAAUAUUUAAAGCCCCACAACCAAGUGCCUUGGGGCAAAGAAUGCUGGGAUAGUUUUGUGCACAGCUGCUUUGUUAGAGAGAAAAUGCCACAAUUAAUAAAGGACAUAUGGGCUCAUUUAGACCGCAGCUUGGAGAGACUCAAUAAAGUGAUAGACACAUCCCAGUAUAACGUGGAGAGUAUGUUUACAGAACACAGAAAAAUAUACACACAGAGCAUGGUUACAGAGCUUGAAAACGUCUGCAAGAACGAUGAAUUUGGAUUUUACACACCGCUAACUGUUGAGCAUGUUCUUAGAAAGCUGCAUAAAAACAGCAUAGAUUGUGCACCAAGUAUAUUGCAGAUAAUAAAACUGGUGGGACACCGCACAUUUGCUGAUACUUAUACAGAUUCAAAGCAUCUUCCGCUAAUUAUGAAUGAGCAGAAGAAAGCAAGUGAAGAAAACAUCUUUCCGUAUGACAGUCAGAGUAUGGAUGGAAAGUAUAUACCUCUAAUCAAGACAGACACGAACUGUGCAGAGGACACAGACUUUCUUGGCAUUGUGCUAACAUACCACAAUAUUCUGGUUGGGAAUCUCUUCACUGCUCUGUGUGCUAUCCUCUAUGAAAAAUGGGCAGGAUGCUUUGGAAUCCAUUCCAUAUACGUGAUCGACUCAAUUAUAGAGACAGAAAUGAAGCCGCAUUAUCUUAUUUCUCUGGCAUAUAUCUACAAAAACGUUGUAGACCGAACUAUGGGAAUUGAAAGAAUUUCUAUGUGUUUAAUGCAGGAAGUGCAAAAUAUUAUAAAAGUGUGCCAACCAAAGAAAGUGUUCAUGCCGGACUAUGCUGAGAUAAAUCUUUUUAAUAUAAGUGAGUACAUUGAUCUCUCAAGCUUAACAACUGAAGAAAGAGUUGCAUUGGGGCAUCCUUUACCAAAAUAUUCCUCCGACAGUAUGGAGGAUCUUAUUUGUCAGCUUAAAAACAGGCACACAACAGCAGUUGCCUAUAUUAGAACAUAUAAGCUGCUACUAAACAUGCAGAGAGACAUCUAUACUCUGCUUGUUCCCAAGUAUAUUUUGGGAAUAGACAAGCUGUACAUAAUUGACUCUGCAUGUUUACCAAAGUGCCACUACUCGAAUACAAUAGAUCUGUAUAGGUAUACACAUGUAUACACAGCAUAUCCACAGAUUAAUAUGUUGAAGCAGUACUUAGAAGAAAUGCAGAUGCAGAAAGAGUGUCCAAAUGUCUUGCAGAUGAGCAUAGAAGAGUAUAAGAAUUUUAAAACUGCGCAGAAAACGAGCAGCUACACACAGUUCACCAAAGACUGCGCCAUACUAGAGAUGUUCUAUGCAGGAAUGCAUAUGGAAAGAGUGUUUAGAAGCUAUAUAGUUACGUUAGUAAUAUGGUUUAGCAAUUCAUUUAUUAGAUUUUUCACCCCCAAAAGGCUCUCUGACAGUGUUGUUAACUUCUUAAGCUCUUUCAUUAUAGGAUCUCCUCUGGACCACAAGACAAGCAUGCCGGUAGGUCUCUCAGAGCUAAGAAUAAACAUACUGUUAGACAGAACCCUGUAUGAGGAAAGGGACAUAAUAUUUCUUCAGCCUGGGAAAUGCACAUCAGUUAGCAUCUCAAUCGCAAUAAGUGAAGUUAAGUCCUUCCACUAUUUGGUAACAAGGCUAAAUAAUUCAGAUAGUGGGUUGGCGGUAUCUGAAAAUAACCAAAUGGUAAUAGACCAGAUUGAAAAGAUAUACAAUAGAGUGAAAUUCACGGAAUGUCCUAUAAGCCCGGCCCCACUACAAGACGAAGAACAUAUGAAAAUUAACGCAGAAAAAGUGAAGAACCAAUGUAAUAUGCAUAUAAAUGAUGAAGCUUUGGUUUCCUCAGCACCAAUUAGAACUCCAAAGAAAGUCUCUGCCUCUUAUGAAAAGAAAAACAUCUGGCACAGUAAUAAAAAAAAGGCACAAAGGAAGAAUACUUUAAACUCUAGCAAUGGAUGGGUAUUAUUAGCGUCCACUGUAUGUAUUCUUUCUGUGUUUGGCAUUACUAUCUUUGGAAUAUAUUUGUGGUAA